GUCUGACAGCAGCGAUAUCAGCGCACACAUUUGGAUAAGGAAUUCUCUUCUCUUUGACCAUUGUGGUGAACCGUGCAGGCAAUGCAGCAUAUCUCUGAGCCGAGGCCCAACAUGAUGACCCCGUCCCCCCCCCUACAGCUGAACCCUACCACCAAGGCAGUGUCAGGAUGACCCUGGAAAAGGCUGACCUCUGGAAGUCCUUCCACAACCUGGGGACUGAGAUGAUAAUCACCAAACAUGGCCGGAGGAUGUUUCCCCAUUGCAACGUCAGUCUAUCUGGACUCCAACCCUAUACCAACUAUGUCCUCAUGGUGGAAAUGGUUCCGGUGGACAACUCCAGAUACAGGUGGAAUAAAGGCCAGUGGGACAUGGCUGGGAAAGCCGAGCCCCAGCUCCCCUGUCGGACGUACGUGCAUCCAGACUCCCCCACCCCGGGGUCCUACUGGAUGAAACAAUCGGUGUCCUUUCUCAAGCUCAAACUCACCAACCACACACUGGACCAGCACGGCCAUAUCAUCCUGCACUCUAUGCAUCGCUACAUCCCACGCUUCUCUGUGGUCCAGGCUGACAGUCUGCACAGUGUGCGCUGGGGACACUUCCAUUACUUCUCGUUCCCUGAGACCUCCUUCACUGCAGUCACGGCCUACCAGAACACUAAGAUCGCUAAACUGAAGAUUGACCACAACCCCUUUGCUAAAGGAUUCAAAGGGGAGAACACCCGUACUCAUAGCAAGAGGUGUCGAUCCAACAAGAGUUCUGGAAAUGCUUCAAAGAAAGCCAAACAAGACAGAGAAACAGAAUUCAAAAGUCCUUCAGACCUCCAAAGGGCAAAAUUAGACUGUGAGCCAGCAGAACGGGGGAUAACCUUGGGAACAACGGAGAACAUGGUGACGGCUAAGGAGGAUCUCUUCUCCCCCUGGGCCAUAGAACAGGACCCAUCCCAGAGCCACAGCCUGCACACUGAACUACUGGAGCUCCACGACCACAGACAGGACUACAGCACCGAGGAGCAGAUGGUGCCUGGCCCUGCAUCUAUGUCCUCCCAACCAUGCAGAUCUGUUGAGCAUGACAGACUUCCAUCUCCAUCUUCUGUAGUGGAGGAUUGCAAAGGCAGGCGCAGCUAUGAGUCUCACCUCCGUGAUGUAGCCACUGUCCCUGGGCACAAAACUAACAGUCCUGGCCCUGUCAGGGACAUGGGACACACCCCCUUGGCUCAAGCUAUGCCCCAGGACUAUAGCAUGUCCCCUGUCCAUCUGCCCACGUCCUCCAAAACCUACCCUGGGUACCUGGGUUACAGUUACCCCCUCUAUGGCCACUACACUACUAACCAGGGCAUGGGUCAGUGGAGUGAGGGUGGUACAGGACAGUACCCUGGACAGUCCUUGACUCACCACCUGCCCUUCUUCACCAGUCAAACACUGACUGCAGACCACGGCACCCACCAACGCAGCGUCCAUCACCAUGGCAACACAGAGGCAGAGUGGAGCUGGAGCCAGUACUUGAGUUUGGAUAAUGAUCAGAAUAGCUGA